GUAAUUUAAUUUAAAUAUCCUGUCUUUUUAUAUUUAAAUAUGAAUACUACUGUUCUGAAGUACUUACCAUACUGAUACUCUGUACACACUGUGAAGUCCACUGAGACUAAUUUAACAUUUGCGAUAUUGGGCUAUAUAAAUAAACAUUGAUUGAUAAAGACCCCCAAGCCAGUAUUUGUAUUUACCUGCAAACAUUCUCGUGCACUGUUUGAUCAGCUUGAUCAGCUUCAUGUCCUUUCUAUAUUCAUGUUGCUCUGUUGGAGGAGCCUCCAGUGUCUCCUCUGUAGAUGCUACAUGGUGAGCUCCUCCAGGUGAGCUAGAGACUCUGCUGGACAUCUCCAUCACUCUGGGGUCUCAACCUCUCCGGGACCAGGACUCCAUGAUGGACCAUAAAGCCUCCGUACCUGCACAGACUGAGGGGAUGGAGCAGGGCCCCCCUCAGGUGCUGGAGAUCAGUGACUCCGCCCCCCCUCAGGUGCUGGGGGUCAGUGACUCCGCCCCCCCUCAUGUGGUGGGGGUCAGCAGGUGUGACUCCGCCCCCCUGCUGUGGAGAGAUCAGGACCUGAAGGCAGUGAGGGGGCGGGGCCUGGUGGGGGCGCUGUUAGGAGCCCUGCCUCGGACCCCCCGACAGAACGGGAGGCUGGGGAGACCCCUGCUGCUGCUGCCAGAGGAGGAGCGGCUGCUAACAGAGCUACAUGCUACAGCUAAUGCUAACCAGGGUGGAGGGGGGGUGCAGCUCAGUCUGCAGGUGAAGCAGCACCUGGAGGAGCAGGAGAGGAGCUUGGAGGAGCAGAGAGUCCUCGCUCUGCAGGACAGGAAGUCAGCGCUGCUGCACGCCAUGACAUCAUCACACACAGGUUCUUUGGGCCCCUCAGAGGCCCUGCGCGGCCGCCUGGAGGCCCUGCACCGCAGCUUUACCUUCCCCCGGGGGGCGAUGGCAGUACAGCUGAGCACGGCAAGGGCGGGGCUUCAUCACUGCCAUGAAGACCGGGCCUUCCUCAGGGCCCAGCAGCCAAUCACAGCGCAGCACGACUCCAAAGCCGCCGCCAGGUACCAGGUGUUCAGAGACCUGAGGGGGCAGGGCUUCUACCUGACAUCAGCCGGGAAGUUCGGAGGAGACUUCCUGGUUUACCCAG